GUGCUUAUAAUUAAUUUUUUUUGCAUAGGGUUCAAUGGCUAAUCCAAAAUCGAUGACCUUACAAUUAAUGGUAAUACAACCACUGUGAAAAGUCAAGAUCGAUGGAAUUACAAUUGAUGAUAAUACAACCACUGUGAAAAGUCAAGAUCGAUGGAACAAAGAUGAUGAAGCUGAGAGCGAUGAACUUGAAGAUGCAGACAGUGAUGAGCAUUAAAGCUUUGGACUAUAUCUUCCAUAUCAAUGUGUAUUUUAAUUUAGUUCACUUUGACUGUUUAUACUUUAUCUUGAAACGUACACAAAUGAUGAACUAAUUUUGAGAUGUUGUUUUACUUUCAAAUGGCUGGAGCACAUGUGCCUCCUCCACCACCUCCUGUACCCAUCAUAUCGAUUGAGAAACUCAAGAGGAAUGGGACGCAGAAAAUUUGCAGCGAUCAGAUAGGGAAUCGCCUAUUAGCCAAGCGUUGGAAAGAACGCACUGAUGCCGCCUAUGAUUGGUGGAAGCGAGUAAGUGCCAACAUUCCCGUGCCUGUACCAUGGGAUACCUUCGAUAUACUCUUCAGAGCAGAGUAUGUGCCCGAUCACUACGUCGAGACCAAAUAUGAGGAAUUCUCCAAAUUCACCCAGGGGAAGCUGACUCUCCCUGAGUACCGUCAGCAGUUUGACGGGUUGGCUGAGUUUGGUAAAGACUUAGUCAACACCAUGGAGAAACGCUGCAAGAAGUUCAUCAAGGAUAUGAGACCCGACCUCUCAUCAUCACUCAUAAUAGUUCCCCGAGCCGACAUCAAUGAUGUUUACAAGAAGGCUCUUGAACUGAACGAGGAGCUCAUCAGGAAGGCUGCGUACGAUCAAGCUUUGCUGGAAGAAAGUCGGGCCGUCCAAUCAGGCCCGAAGAUUGGGCAUGUUAACAAGAGAACCUUGUCCGCACCGAGCAACUCUCGUCAUGAUAAGCAAGCGAAAUCUACUCCCUCUGCGUCUGUGACCGUCACUAGUAAGAGUGGGAAGGAGAAAGCGACAUACCGUAAACCUGGAUGCUCACAGUGUGGCCGCAGGCAUGCUGGUGAGUGUUGGCUCACACAGGGUCUUUGCCUCGGGUGUGGUCAGGCAGGUCACUUUCGGAAGGAUUGCCCGACGAACCCAGGCGAGGUUUUCUCCACAGCACCAGGCACGCCGGUUGUUUCAACUGUCCGGCGGGCCGAGCCUACCCAGAGUCAUCGUUCCACGGCUGCUUCUAACCAGCCGAAAAGACCAGCAUCCAGUCAACAGCAAGAACGAGCACCAGCUCGUAUGUAUGCCAUGCAAGGGCGUACAGAUCCGCAGGCUAAUGAUGUUAUCAUGGGAAAGGUAUUCUUAGCCGAUCUCAUUGAACUCCCUCACAAGGAGUUUGACGUUAUACUUGGCAAGGACUGGUUGACAAAACACAAGGCUAUUGUCGAGUGCAAGGAACGAGUGGUGAAACAUCGUACUGAUGAUGGUAACGAAGUGAUCAUUCGGGGAGAACUUCUGCGGAAAGCCCCAGAAUUCAUCUCUUAUAUGCAAGCAAAACGGCUCAUUCACAGGAAAUGUAAAGCAUUCUUGUGCACUGUUAAGGAUAUACAGAAGGAAACACCUAACCAUAAGGACAUAUCUGUGGUUUAUGUCUUUCCUGAUGUAUUUCCUGAAGAACUUCGUUGUCUACCUCCUCCAAGAGAAGUAGAAUUCUCUAUUGAUCUUGUACCUGAUCUAUUUGAGUAUUCUUUUUCAUUCAAUCUUCUGGUCAUCAAGUCUUCUUCUUCAUCAGAUCUGAAGGAGUAAAUCAUGUUUUCGCNGCCAGAUCUGAAAGUUGUAUAUGCUUUCUCCACCGAGAUAGAGGGUUGUCGGCCAGUGGUGUUCAAUUCGUCGAGGAAGAAGACUAAGUGGAGGUCCUGACCAUUGAUUUCUGGUGCUGCCGGUGAUGAGUUGAAGGACAUACGGGAAUUUAGGUAGGUAGACUUGAAUUUGGGUGUUGUCGGGAUUUGGCUGGGACGAACGGUGAUUUGGGUUGG